AUGACUUCACCAGAUCAGGAGCUACUAUUUGACAUUCAGGUCGACAAUGAUAGAGAUGGCGGAGUGGUUUUAUUGAAGGGAUGUCCCGAUGAGGCAGCUUCUGUGUUACUGUCAGGCAAUAUAAUGCUUUCGGUGAAGGAGCCGAUACGUAUAAAAAAUUUAUCGCUGAAGCUAUGUGGGAAACUCAAGCUAAGAUUGCCUGACACUAAUAACAAGAGAGAAAGGUAUUAUAGGAAAGUGUUUUUUGAGCACGAAUGGAACUCGUUUGACAUACAUGGCUGUACGACUUCUUCCUAUAAUUCUAUAGGUCCCAAUGGAUCAUUAGUACAUGGCGCCAAUGAUGAUCAAAAUAAAACGAUGAAAAGUCUUGUAUGCAGAGGUGCAAAAUCGACUACCUCUCUGCAUAAUAUGGCAUUUGACAGCACAAGCUCCAAAUACUAUACACUUAUAAAAGGUAACUAUGAAUUACCUUUUAAUAUCGUUCUCCCUGGUACUCUUCCAGAGAGUAUAGAAGGGAUACCUGGCGUGCUAUUGACUUACAAUCUAAUAGCUAACCUCGAACAAAUGAAUCCAACAGCUACUAUAUUAUGCCAGAAGCAUCUUAGAGUGAUAAGGACACUCUCAGCAGAUACCGUGGAAUUAUCAGAAAGUGUUUUGUUUACCAAUACAUGGCCCAAGAAGGUAGAAUAUUCUAUAUCUGUUCCAACAAAAGCGGUAGCUAUUGGAUCAACAACGCCUGUGAACAUCUUAUUGGUCCCAUUAUUAAAAGGGUUAAAAUUAGGAUCCAUCCGGAUGACACUAAUCGAGAAAUACUCUUACGGAAGUAAGAGUGAUCCCAAACAGGUAGAAAAAGAACGUAAAGUUACUCAAAUGAAAAUACGAAACCCUUUAAAGGAGCUAGCCAGAAAUGUAAAUUUCCAAGACGAUGAAGAUAAUUCAGAAUUUAAAGAUUCUUGGGAUCUUCAAGCAUAUCUAAAGAUACCACCAGAUUUGAUGAAAUGCUCUCCUGAUUGUUUUACCUUGGAACGAAUCAAAUGCCGCCACCAAAUUAAAGUUGUUGCUUCUUUAAUUAAUCCAGAUAACCAUAUAUCAGAACUGAGAGCAACAUUAUCAAUUCAGUUGUAUGUGUCGCCUUACAUUGAACUUUUUACAAAACCAUACAAUUCACUAUAUGUCACUGUCGAGGGUGAUGAAAACUCAUUGAAGAAAGAGCACCGGUGGUCUUCAACCCCUUUCAAUCAAGAUGAUAGAAAGAUAUUCAUGAACAGUGGGAACAAUGCCAAGAUUAAUUGCACCUCGUUGGCUCAUAAUCGCAGUAUGAAUGGAUUGAUGGCUCCACCGAAUUAUGAAAUGCAUUUCUAUGAUAAACUAUGCCAUGAUACACCUGUGGGAGGUUCAGCAUUGCAUAGUCCGAUUCAUAUGACUAAUGACUCUAUCAUUAGCAAUGAGGAUAGUUUACAUAAAUUAGACGGCACGUUAAGAGAUUUACAUUUAGAAGAUCGGGAUUCAGACUAUUACUCAAACAUGAAUGGCUUGUCUUUGCCUACAUCGGCAGGCGAAUUCAAUAAAAUAGAUGAAAUCCAAGAGCUACCUUCUGAUAUCAACCUUUCUUAUUUCUCAAACGACUACAUACUAAAAGAUAGGGAUGCGGCUAAGUGCUUAAGCCAAAGUAGUAAAGAUAGCAAUCCCGAUCUAAGAAAAUUUUCUCGAGUACCUUCAUAUGAUAUGGCUGUUUUGACACCUACAAUUGAUGAGGAGUUACCACCUGUGUAUUCAGACAAUCCUUCACCCGUAGUGAAUACUCCACAGAGUAGAACAGCAAAAUCGUUUACACAUGAGAAGCACCAUCCAGGACUUCAUAUGAACCUGGCUAGAUGCAACAGUGCAGGCCUUGGUACGUCAAGACCAUGGCCAAAGUCUACAUCUCCGGUUGGCAAAGGACCAUUGGUUAACAUGGGGAUGGAGUUCAACACUUUACAAACUAGGAUAAGCACUAGAUCAAGAUCAAGAACAGUACAUUCAGUGGCAAAUGAGAAAAGCUCAAGCCCCUUGAGUCUAAGUCCUCGUCAAAGGUCUACUUCCUUUGUGAGUAUACGGAAUAUACUCAACAAACGAUAA